GAAGAGGGUGUGGGACUUUUCCCUUUAGACUCUGAUCUGCUGCAUGCUUUAGACUUCAUCUGAGCUGAACCUCCAGUUCAGUACAGUUAUGGUGACUGUUGGAAUAUUGAGGAACUGGCGGCUGGUAAGACGCUUCAGACAAGCACCAUUUCUGCUGCAGUCAUUGAGAACUAGCUCAAGCAAUGUGGAGUUGUUCAAGACUGCUCUCCAUGAAUACCAUGUGUCUAAUGGAGGGAAAAUGGUGCCUUACGCUGGGUGGUCCAUGCCUAUGGCGUAUGAACUGUCCAUCACUGACUCAGCUCUUCAUACACGCAACAGUGUGUCUUUGUUCGAUGUCUCUCAUAUGCUCCAGAUGGAAGUCAGUGGAGCAGAUUCUCGAGAGUUUCUAGAAACUGUAUCUCCCAUUGACUUGCAACGGUUGAAUGAUGGAUCAGGAGCUCUCUCUGUGUUCACUAAUGACAAGGGAGGAAUAAUAGAUGAUUGCAUCAUAACCAGGACCGGACCACAGUCGUUUUAUGUUGUGGCUAAUGCUGGAUGUGCAGAUAAAGAUAUGCAACAUUUGAAUGAUCAGAUACAGCGUAAGUUCUCAGGGCGGGAUGUGAAGCUGGUAGCACGUGAAGACAUGUCUUUAAUUGCUCUUCAAGGCCCAAAAAUGCAACAUGUGCUCUCACAAGGACUUAAAGACGACAUUAAAAAACUGCACUUUAUGGAAAGUGCAGUGAUGGAAGUGUUUGGAGUACCAAAGUGCAGGGUGACACGGUGUGGGUACACAGGUGAAGAUGGAGUUGAGAUUUCUGUGCCAAGUUGUGAAGUUAACACAUUAGUGUCCAAAUUGAGCAAAUUUAGUGAAGUAAAGCUUGCAGGCUUGGGAUCCAGGGAUAUCCUGAGACUUGAGGCAGGGCUUUGUCUAUAUGGAAACGAUAUAUCUGAGGACAUAACACCUAUUGAAGCUGGACUUGCUUGGUGCAUCAGCCAGCGACGCAGAAAGAUGGGAGACUUCAUUGGAAGCGAUGUGAUACAGAGGCAGCUAAAAGACAAACCCAAAAACCGGAGAGUCGGUCUCAUAUCAAAAAGCAAACGACCUAUUCGACAGGGUGUGAUUGUUCAGGAUAUGGAUGGCAAUAAUAUAGGACACGUUACAUCUGGAGGGCCCAGUCCUAAACUUGAAGCAUAUGUUGCAAUGGCUUAUGUCCCUAGAACACUUGGCAAACAAGGGACAAAACUGAAACUACAAAUUAGAAAUGCAUCGUUGAGAGCAGAAGUAGUUAAGUUACCAUUUGUCCCUGCUCAGUAUUAUGUUCAAUGAGCGAUGCUACACAUAAAUAAUUAAUUUAUGAACUUAAACAUUAUUGUUUCAUUGAUCCA